GACACACACGGCCUACCCGGCGACUUUUGCUUCAAAACACUUCCUGUUUCCUUGAACGCACUUAACCACUGACGAAUUGUUUUGUCUGUAGGCGGGUCAACACCAUAGCUACAUCGAAAGUUUCUUUGUACAGUAACAACAGAAUUAGUUUCUAUGAGCCAAAUAACACACUAAGCCUUUUGUUGAGGGGUCCCCAUAGCGCGGCAGUCCAGACGACACUGACUGCCUGCCGCAGCCGCUACGUCAUUUCAAGGUCAACGCUCCGCAGUGCUGCCAACUGUUGAGAGAAACAUUCCCAAUUGGUAUGAGUAAAACUCUUUGAGCUGCUUGUUUCAAAGGAAUUGAUCAAAUGUUGCUAUCUUUUAUAGUUUUAAAAAUAUUAAUUUUUUAAACCCCGGAGUUCUUUUAUAGACACCCUGUAUUUUAUCAAAUGUACAGUACAGUUUGGAUAUCAUUCGUCUUUAUUUUAAUCCUAUUUCCUGAUCAUUUUAAUACAAAAUAAAGAGAAUUAAGUACACUUCCAAUUAAAUAUCUUACAUCUAACACAAUUACGAGGUACAGUAAUAAAAAUACGAGGCUAAAUAAUAAUAUAAUCAACACAGUAUUUUCCAAGUAAUUCCAUUAACGUUAUAUUUAUUCUCAAAAUCGAUAUAUAUACUAUAAUACACAUAAUGCAAAUAAGAGUAUUUCCCCACAAAAACUAUACAUCUGUGUGUGGGGAAAGGGUUCUAAUCAUUAUUGCUGAAUAAAACACAUGAACAUUCUCCUGCAUAGUCUAAACCAAGCACACGUGUUAUAUGUUGAAAAAUAACUAAAUAAAAUCAACCAGAAUUAUAAAAACUAAUAUAAACCAAAUUUAAAAUAUUAACUUAUUAAGGUUACAAUAAAUAUUACAUUUAUUAAAAGUCCAAGAUCAAAAACCCAUAAAAUAGUAAAAUACUAAAUAAAAUUAAGACGUUGGGUGAUUUACCAAACAACAGUGACAACGUUAUAUUGGCUUUGUGGCUUUGUUUUUAAACUUUGUGUGUCAUGAAGGUCACGCAUAGUUGAACGAACAGCCACCACUUUUUUGUCCAUUUAACCGUCCUCAAAGAAAAUGCGUGGUCACUGUGGACUUUCGCUCUGAGGUUUUGUAGCUGUAGAUAAAAAGGAGAAAGCAAUCUCAUAUAAAGUCUUCAGUAUUGAGUUGGUCCUCACUGAUGCCUCAGUAAAGCUCCCAUCAAUGUUCAACUCAUUUGCAGUUCAAGUGACGCUUGCAAUGCUAGUCCUGGUGGGGAUGGCUGCUGCAAGACCCAGAUUCCUCUUGAUUCCUGUGGAAGUGCAAGAGUCCAGCUUGCGGGUAGCACGAGAAGCCUGGAGUCCGGGGAAGGACGAUACAGAGGGCCGGGUCGAGAGACAGGCUCAGGACCACGGGCAUCAUGAUCAUGUUGACUACGGAGCACAUACAGGUCACCACGGUGCCUUCGGAUGGUAUGCUGACUUUCCUGUUACGACUCAUCAUUAAACCGACCAACACUGCAUUUUCUAUUUUACAACUGAGUGACAUUUUACCUUGAUUUUUCAUCUUUUUAUAUUGGACUUGUGUAAUCACAAAUUUUACACCAUGAGUAACAAUGUCUUGGAAACUCCUCAUUUUUUUUCAACGUAACGUUUUGAGAAAUAUCUGUUUCUUACAAUAUACCAAAGAAAUUAAAUGAUUUUGCACAACUCUGGCAUGUUGAUAAACGUUUCCAUAACAUUCCCAUAACUAAAAUUCCUUAUUUUUUGAUCCCAUUUCUUUAUAAACAAUUUUAUUUAAAUACUUAGAUCUGUUUUUAUGUUACAAUAAAAACUUUAUU